AUGAGUGGGAAAAAACCAUCGAAACCUUUUGGUUUCGGAUUUACGCAAGGUUCAGGAAAUAAACCUAAAUCAUUAUUUGAAUCGGAAGAAUUACCACGUCAGAAACCACCAUCAUUAGAUUACUUUUCUGAUGAUGCUCAACCAAAAAAAAGGAAACUAAUUACUUUAGAAGACGAAGAUUCUGAUGGCGCCGAUAACUCAAAUAAUUUAGAAAGUUUACAAGAAGCUAACGAUGAGUAUGAUUAUGAUGCAUCAUUUCCUUCGCGGACGUCAACUGGACUUCAAUGUUUUGUACCACAGGGCUAUAAAUCAGUUGAAGAAACAACCAACAUACGUGAAAGUCAAUUAGAUAAGAAAGAAGAGGUUGACAUCGACGACGAUCCUUUAGAUGCAUUUAUGCAAGAUAUUGAUAAUCAAGUCCAGAAACAACAGCAAGAAAAGUCUGAACAAGAAAAGAUUCGUAGAGACGAUAUUGAAGAUGAAGAUUUUGUCGAGAGCUAUUACAAUCACAUGAAAAAGAAAGGAAUAGAAGUUGGCAAAAGUCAAAGACCAAUUGAAAAGGAUGAGAACGCUAAUUCAGAUGAUGAAGUCUAUGCUGCAGCUCGAGCCAUUGAUUCUCAACUUGAAUAUGAUUCUGACGAUAAUCCUAUCAUUGAACAAAAACGCAAAGAUAUUGAACCACUUUCGGCUGUUGAUCACUCUAAAAUUGAAUACCCCGAAAUCGAAAAAUUCUUCUAUGAAGAACAUUCAGAUAUCGCAAAUUUAUCUGAUGAAAAAUUAAGAGAGAUUCGUCGAGAACUUGAUAUGAAUGUAUCUGGUGCCGAUGUUGUAAAACCAUGCAUUUCGUUUGCUCAUUUUGGUUUUGAUGAGUCAUUGUUGGAUGCCAUAAUUAAACUCGGUUAUUCCGAACCAACAGGAAUUCAGAAACAAGCAGUGCCUGUCGCAUUAUGUGGUCGAGAUAUCAUUGGUAUUGCUAAAACAGGUUCGGGAAAAACUGCAGCCUUCAUAUGGCCCAUGUUGAUUCACAUAAUGGAUCAAGAUGAACUAAAGAAAGGAGAAGGACCGAUUGGCUUGAUAUUAGCGCCUACAAGAGAAUUGGCUAAUCAGAUUUACAUAGAAUCCAAAAAAUUUGCAAAGUGCUACGGUCUGAGAGUUGCAGCAGUUUAUGGAGGUGCUCCGAAAAUGGACCAAUUCAAAGAACUUAGACCCGGUGGUAUUGAAAUUUUAGUGGGAACUCCGGGUAGAUUAAUUGAUAUGGUAAAGAUGAAAGCGACAAACUUCCGAAGAGUUAGCUUCUUAGUUCUUGACGAGGCUGAUAGAAUGUUUGAUCUUGGUUUUGAACCACAAGUACGUUCCAUAUGCGACAACAUUAGACCAGAUAGACAAACAUUACUCUUUAGCGCGACAUUCCCCAAAAAGGUUGAAAUUUUGGCCCGCGAAGUAACUACGGAACCAGUGAGAAUUUCAAUUGGCAAUGUCGGGCAGGCUAAUGCUGAUAUCACACAAGUAAUAGAAAUUUUAGCUGAUGAUGGUUAUAAAUGGGAAUGGCUAAUGUCACAUCUGACGGCAGUAUGCAUGGAGGGAAGCGUUCUUGUUUUUGUUAGUCGCAAAGGAGGUGUGGAUGAAUUAUCGCAUAAUCUUAAACAAUCCGGUUACGAAUGCGGUGCUUUGCAUGGAGAUAUGUUACAAUCUGAUCGUGAUAAAGUAUUAAAAGAUUUCAAGAAUAAUAAAUUUCCGAUCAUGGUAGCGACUGAUGUUGCUGCAAGAGGUCUAGAUAUCAAGGCUGUCAAAACUGUAAUUAAUUACGACAUCGCCCGUGAUAUCGAUUCACAUGUGCACCGCAUCGGAAGAACAGGAAGAGCUGGUGAAAAGGGCACAGCAUAUACUCUUAUUACUCAAAAGGAGGACAAAUUUGCAGGAGAUUUAGUCAGAAAUUUAGAAUCUUCGGGACGGCCUGUUCCAGAUGCUUUAAUGAAUCUUGCAUUGCAGAACGCAAGGUUUAGAAAGUCAAGAAGUAUGAUUCGAGGUCGAGGCCGUGGACGUGGAAGUGGUAAAGGAGGUCUUGGAAGAGGUCGUGGUCGCGGGGCAGUCGGUUCUAGCUCAAAUGCAAUACCUCUUGGAGGUAGAGCUGGCAUUGGAUCUGGAUCAUCAUCGACGCCUUAUGUUGACCUCGGAUCAUCUGGUCGUGAAAGUUCUAAAUUUCAGAUGAACUUCCAGAAAGCUUCCUCUGUUGAAUCAGAGUUGGGAUUAUUACGUUCCGGAUCUACACCUACAACACAAACACUUCCACGAUCGUCAACAUCAUCAUCAACAGGCAAUCAACGUAAAAGACGUUGGGAUUCUUAA